AUGUUGAAUCCUACACUACCUCAGACUGAAUCUGCUCGUUCUUCCCUAGUGUUAUUACACAAGUCCUUUGUCUCCGGUCAUGGUGGUGCACAACUCACACUUGGGCCGGCACCGGUUCUCCGGCAAAAACAAAAGAGCUGUUCUAUCAGAGCUGUUUCUAGCGACAUUAAAGUGGUAGAAGGUGCUGCUACGGACAAGCCUUUCACAAUUAAGGCAACAGUUACAGUGCAACUAACAGUCGGCGGUAUCUUCUCUAACAUUGGGUUGGAUAGAGGCCUUGACGACAUUGCUGACUUGCUUGGUAAAACGUUUCUUUUGGAGCUCGUUAGCUCUGAGCUUGAUUCUCGAACUGGAUUGGAGAAGGAGUCAAUCAAAGGGUAUGCUCAUAGGGUUGGUAAAAGAGUGGAUAAUGAGGUGAAGUACGAAAGCAAGUUCGUGGUUCCAGUAGGUUUUGGGGAAGUGGGUGGAGUUUUUGUGGAGAAUGAGCAUCACAAGGAGAUUUACCUCAAGAACAUUGUUCUUGAAGGCUUCCCUUUUGGCCCUGUUAAUGUUGCCUGUGAUUCAUUUGUUCAUAGCAAGUUCGACGACAAAGAAAAGAGAAUCUUCUUCACUAAUAAGGUUUUCCAUCCAUCCGAAACACCGGAUGGGCUGAAGAGGCUGAGGGAGAAGGAGGUAGAGAGCCUGCGUGGGACCGGAGAGGGAGAGAGAAAGACAUACGAGAGGAUAUACGACUAUGAUACUUACAAUGAUUUGGGAAACCCAGAUAAGAGUGCUGACCUGGCUCGUCCUGUUCUUGGUGGUCCCAAACACCCUUAUCCCAGACGUUGCAGAACUGGCCGCCCACGUUGCGCCAAAGAUCCCUUGUCUGAGAAAAGGAGCGCGAGCGUAUAUGUGCCAAGAGAUGAGGCAUUUUCAGAAGUGAAGAAUUUGAAUUUCUCAGCCAAGACAGUGAAAUCAGUGGUUCAUGCUUUACUUCCUUCACUUGAGACUGCACUCCUUGAUUCCGAACUCGGAUUCCCAUACUUUACUGCCAUUGAUUCACUAUUCAAUGAAGGGCUUACUGUACCCAAGCCUAAAGAUCAAGGGUUCCUCUUCAGCUUGGCAUUGCCAAGGCUUGUCAAAGCCCUCAGUGAAGGAGGAGACGAGCUCUUGCUCUUUGAAGUCCCUGAAAUGAUAAACAGAGACAAAUUCUCUUGGUUCAGGGAUGAGGAAUUCUCACGCCAGACUCUUGCUGGUCUCAACCCCUUCAGCAUUCAGUUGGUCACGGAGUGGCCACUAAAGAGCAAGCUUGACCCUAAAAUCUAUGGCACAGCUGAGUCUGCAAUUACUAAAGAACUUAUUGAGCGAGAGAUCAAGGGAGUCAUGACUCUGGAUGAGGCCAUAAAGAAGAAGAAACUGUUCGUCUUAGAUUAUCAUGAUCUCUUCUUACCUUAUGUACACAAAGUGAGAGAACUCAAAGGGACAACCUUGUAUGGAUCAAGAACCUUAUUCAUGCUCACCCAUGACGAUACAUUGAGACCUCUAGCGAUUGAACUCACUCGACCAGCAAAAGAAGGAAAGCCUAUGUGGAGACAAGUGUUCUCCCCUGGUUGGGAUUCCACAAGUUGCUGGCUUUGGAGACUUGCUAAAGCUCAUGUCUCUGCCCAUGAUGCUGGCUUUCACCAGCUUAUCGUCCACUGGUUAAGGACACAUUGUUGUACUGAGCCUUAUAUAAUUGCGGCAAAUCGGCAACUCAGUGCGAUGCACCCGAUAUACCGGUUGUUGUUACCACAUUUCCGAUACACCAUGGAGAUCAAUGCACUUGCUCGAGUGUACCUUAUAAAUGGAGAUGGGAUCAUUGAGAGCGCCUUCUCUCCAGGAAAAUACUCACUGGAGCUCAGCUCUGUGUAUUAUGAUAAGUAUUGGAGGUUCGAUCAGGAGAGUUUGCCCGCAGAUUUGAUUAGAAGAGGAAUGGCAGUUGAGGAUCCAACGGCAGAGCAUGGUCUAAGGCUGGCAAUUAAGGAUUACCCAUUUGCUAAUGAUGGUCUUAUCCUUUGGGAUACCCUAAAACAAUGGGUGAGUGAUUAUGUCAAUCACUACUAUCCAAAAUCCAACCUUGUUGAAUCUGAUGAAGAACUCCAAGCAUGGUGGAAUGAUGUGAGAACAAAGGGCCAUGGAGAUAAGAAGGAUGAGCCAUGGUGGCCUACCCUGAAAACCCAAGAUGAUUUAAUCCAAGUGGUGACAACCAUUAUUUGGGUCACCUCCGGCCACCACGCCGCCGUCAAUUUCGGCCAAUACCAUUACGGCGGUUACUUCCCGAACCGACCGACACGGGCCAGGACGAACAUGCCGACGGAGGAACCAUCAGAGGAAGAGUUCAAGAAUUUCUUGUCAAAACCUGAGUUUGCACUAUUGAAGUGUUUCCCUUCACAAAUUCAGGCUACUAAGGUGAUGUCCAUAUUGGAUGUGUUGUCUAACCACUCAGUGGAUGAAGAGUACCUAGGAGAUGUGAUUGAGCCAGCUUGGUCUGAGAAUCCAGUUAUAAAGGCUGCAUUUGAGAGGUUUAAUGGGAAAUUGAAGGAGUUUGAAGGGAUUAUUGAUGCAAGGAAUGCAGACUUGAGUUUGAUGAACAGAGCUGGUGCAGGAGUAGUACCCUAUGAGCUCUUGAAGCCAGUCUCAAAACCUGGUGUCACAGGAAUGGGAGUUCCUUACAGCAUUUCCAUUUAAAAGUUGGAUUUGUAUGGAAAUGAGUGUAUCUUUAACAAGAAAGAUAAAUAAAAGAGCAGCAAUUAAUAAUGUUUUUGUUCAUGAACCUA